AUGGCAGGAACUUGUAUUACAACGAUUAAAUUAUUAGGAGUUGGAUCUUUGGGAUUAUUAACUUCAUCAAUAAUUUAUCAAUCAUUAUCUGGAUUGCCUGAUUUAAUACACCAAUUCAAUGCUCAAUUCAAUAGCAGUUCAAUCGAUUUUUUCAAUAAGAAACUUGAUGCUCUCAAGAAGAAUAUAUUUAACAACCGUUUAAUCAAUGGUGUUUUAGCUGCUUUAACUUCAGGGUUGUUUACUAUGGCUUUUAAAUAUUCUCCUGUGCAUGAAAAACAUCCGUACUUGGUUUAUGCUUCCAUCGGUGCUCCUUUGAGUUUGAUUGGUUUAUACUAUAAGAAUUGGAAAUAUGAACAAAAAAUCUUGGCUAAGAAAGCUGUUGAUUUGUCAUCCACUAGUAAUAAAGCUCAAGAUAAAUUAUCAAAAUCUAAAUCUGAUGCCGCUGAUGGUGAAGAAGAAGAAGCUGAAGUUAUCAGUAAAGUUGAAUCUGCUGAUUCUCUUUUGGGAAAAUCAUAUGUUCAUCUCUCUGAUGAAUCCGGUCUUUCCACCCCAAAUGCUUCUCAGCCAUCAACUCCAAAAGUUCAACCAAAGGAAGAAGAACAAGAGCAUGUUGAAAAAUCCCCUGAAGAAAUCGAAGUUGAUAAAGAAGUUGAAAACAUUUUAAUCAAGAAAGAAAUUGUUCAAGAUUUAAAGAAAAUCGAAUCUGGUUAUGUUUUGAGUAGUUAUAUUUCUGGUGUUAGUUUGUUGAUUGCCUCAGUUGGUUUACUUGGUGAUUGUUACUUAUUGUAA